AGGGUUGGAACGAAACGGAGGAAGUAAUACUUUUGAGUAAAAUUCGUCAGCUUCAAACGAAAGGUAGUUUCUCCAUAUUGUCCUCUCCGAAGCCCCAAUUCCACUGUGAUAUUCUACGAACGCAAAUGGCAACAGCAACGUAUCCACCACCACCGCCAUAUUACAAGCUAUACAAGGAUUUCUCGCAAAACCCUAAAUCUGCACCUGAGCCUCCCCCUCCAAUUCAAGGCACUUACUUAUGCUAUGGUGCUACUUACACGACUGAUGAUGUGCUUCCAAGUUUGGAAGAUCAAGGGGUUCGACAGUUGUACCCUAAAGGCCCUAAUAUAGAUUUCAAAAAAGAAUUGAAGUCUCUCAAUAGAGAGUUGCAGCUGCAUCUGUUGGAGCUAGCUGACAUUCUUGUUGAAAGGCCAUCACAGUAUGCUAGGAGAGUGGAAGAAAUUUCGCUUGUAUUUAAGAACCUACAUCACUUGCUCAAUUCACUGCGGCCUCACCAGGCCAGAGCGACACUGAUCCACAUUUUAGAGCUUCAAAUACAACGCAGAAAACAAGCUGUUGAGGAUAUCAAAAGGAGGCGAGAAGAGGCACAAAAGCUUCUGAAGGACGCACUUGGAACGUUGGAAGGAUAGUAGUGCUCUUUUACUAGAAAAUUCUGUUAGGCAUUACUUGAUGAUCUAAUUUACUGAUGUACCGCGAAUGAGAAAACAUGUGGAUGUGAUGGCUGUGGUACAAUGGAUGCUUUGUGAUCCUCUUCGUCCUGGAAAUUCACCGUGGUGACUAUCACAUUGCUGAAUGCUAUCAAGGGGAUUUACAUGAGGAAUUUGCAGUGUUGUAUAUUAAGAGUUUGGAGUAGUGUUUAUCAUUGUAUCUGGACAACAUUAAUUUGCGCAGCUAUCAGGAAUAGAAAGUGACCAAUUAACAAACCAAAAAGAAGAAACCAACAAAACUAUAUGACAAUUAGCUUGCUGUGUUGAAACA